AUGAGCCUUCAGUACCUCCCCGCCGUCAAGCCCUCGGCCAUUGCCCUCGGCACCAUCUUCAACCACGGUGUCGAGCUGGCCGUGCUGGGUCCCCUCUUCGGCCAGACGUAUCAGCGCGCCAAGAAGGCCGACACGAGCGAGGAGUUCCUCAAGUCCAAGGAGGCCACGUCGGCCGCCGUCGCCUGGGGCACCACCUUUGUCGGAUCCGGCAUCAAGACGUACGGCGUCGGCGCCCUCAUCAACGCCACGGGUACCCUGAGCUACAAGGGGGCCGCCUACCUGGGCGCCCUCAUCUUCGCCGCCACCUCGGCCCCCAGCGUCCUCGUCCAGCUCGUGUCCGAGAGGAGGCCGCUCGACACCGUCGGCGUCAACGUCGCCGCCAAGCUGUUCGAGACGGUGGGCCUGUCCGUCUUCCUGACGUGGUGGGGGACCAGGACCAACCCCUUCAACUAG